UUCCUCAUUGUCCAUGAAGCCAAUGCUAAAUUCCCGGAAAAUAGGCAAUUUAAUUGAGAAAUUCUUUUAAUUAAUCAGAUUCAAAAUCUUCAUAUUCAUACCUGCCUCUCCUUGCUCUCCUUGUCCCCAUGGAAAAGCGGGAGAAAAAUGGCUGGACAUCUGUUCCUCAAUUCGGUGCAUGGGAUCAAAAGGAUCCGGGAGCUACCAACUAUUCCGUGGUAUUUUCACAAGCUCGAGCUAAUAAGAAGCAGCAAAAAACAGAUAUCAAACAUCCCGGUAUUGGAUAUCAAAGAGUGGUAAUUGCUCCUACCACACAGGAUGAUUCAGUCUUGAGGAAAAAGAAGAUCUUGACCUACAUUAAUUGCUGUAUAAAGCCUUGAUUAUCUGGGAAUUUCAAACCUCCACCGAGUAAUCUCCAAUGAGUUUUACAGUAUUAGAAACAAUGUUUUGGCCUGUAAAUCUACAGAUGAGAUAUAUUUAUAAGUAGAUGUUUCGUUUGGGAACUUCUGUAACAUUUUGUUCUGUUACGUUUUAUUUAUAUAUACAUAUCCAGUUUCUA